CACACACUCACAGGCAGGCAGCUGGAGAGAGGGAAGACGUAAUGGUUUGAUUCCCUGUGCACUUGCAAUGGUCGUCGUCCUGACAUUACUCGGCAGAUUCCUCAAACGGGAGGUGCAAUGAAGGCGGGGGCCUCGUCCAUGUGGGCGUCAUGCUGCGGGCUGCUGAACGAGGUGAUGGGUACGGGCACGGUGCGGGCGCAGCAGCCGGGGUUCGGAGCGGGGGCCGGGCCCUUCCGCUUCGCCCCCAGUGCUGGGUACUCCACCUACCCCCCCACCAGCUCAGGGAGCGCCGGACAGCUGUGCAAGGCCUGUGGACUGGCCUUCUCUGUCUUCAGACGCAAGCACAUCUGCUGCGACUGUAAGAAGAGUUUCUGCGCCCUGUGCUCGGUGCUGCAGGAGAACCUGCGCUGCUGCACCACCUGCCACCUGCUGCGCGGCACUGCCUUCCAGAGGCCUCGGCUCAUGCAGCUCCGAGUCAAAGACCUGCGCCAGUACCUGCUGCUGCGCAACAUCCCCACAGACACCUGCAGGGAGAAGGAGGACCUGGUGGACCUGGUGUUGUGUCAUCAGGGGAUGAGGGAAACCCCAAGACCGGUGAUGGAGGAGGACGAAGACGAGGAAGAGGAGGAAGAAGAAGAAGAAGAAGAAGAGGACACUCAUGAGGAGGAGGGGGAGGACGAAGGGGGGGAUGACGACACAGACAGUCUGCACUCGCUCCCGAACUCGCAGGCUGCCUCGCCACCCUCCGCCACGCGCUCCGCCUCCGAACAGUCGGUGCUCUCCGCCUCUCAGGGAGACGUGCUCAGCCCCAGUGACAGCUCAGGGACCACCAGCCAGGAGCAUGAGGACACUCCAACAGCGUCCCUCUUGAACCUGGAGCCCACAGAAAACAUGAUGGAGGUCAGUCCGGCAACACAGAGGAGGAUCAGGGCCUCGCUGUCUGAUCUGGACAACGAGGAGGCGAUAGAAAACCUCUCCGUCCGACAGCUCAAAGAGAUCCUUGCGAGGAACUUUGUCAAUUAUUCCGGCUGCUGCGAGAAGUGGGAGCUGCUGGAACGAGUGCACCGACUGUACAGAGAAAACCAGCAGAACAGAAAGUCCAUGGAAAAUGUCAGCAUAACAGCAGUGGUCGCAUACCCUCCACCUCUCUGCAACAGUGGAGUUGGAGAUGGGGUCAAAGCUCAGCUGGCGCUGGACGAAAAUUUGUGUCGCAUCUGCAUGGACGCCAUCAUUGACUGUGUGCUGCUGGAGUGUGGUCACAUGGUCACCUGCACCAAGUGUGGAAAAAGGAUGAGCGAAUGCCCCAUCUGCAGGCAGUACGUGGUGCGGGCCGUGCACGUCUUCAAAUCUUAAAACUUUGUGUGUUCUCACUGAGGAUGAACUGCCGUGCAUGACGUCUGGCGGGGUCUAAAUGCUGCAGCGGGUGUGAGUGAUGUCCCCGGGGUUACUGAAAGCAGACUGUUGCCUCCUGCCCGCAUUGGUUUGUUCUCCUUUACUAACUCAUUUUCCUGUUCCACUUCUCCUCCUGCUGGACUGUCAUCAGCUGCGCCGGGACCCUCUUACUCGUCUGUAUGAUAAAAACACACAGCAGAAACCCCCUGCCAUCACUCCCUGCUCUCUGAUCUCUGUUUGGUUUGACUCACAGGAGUGGAGAGGAAGGGGAGGCAGUCCCGUGGACACUUUAAGAGGACUGUCGGGUUGAAGCAGUGUGGUUAAAAAAUAUAAGAUCCCAGGGUUAGAGUCAAUAUGGUUUACACAGUCAUGCCACAUGACACCAUGUUAUCUCCCUCAGUAUUCUUUAGGAUGUGCAAUAUCAGAAAAAAGAGACUUAUAUGUGUUUUUAAAGGAGACAUCUAUAUCUGUUUAUCCAAGUAUACACACCUGUAGUCACCUGGUGUCACACACAGGAGGGUUUAAGGUGCCAAACGUCAUGCCUUUGAUCCAUAUUUAGUUUAACAGUUUAAACAUCCAUUUACCAGCAGGCUUGGUGUGAUAGUUUACUCUUUAUUUGUGUUUUAGGGAAAUAAAAGUGUGUACCAGAAAAUGUUAGAGCAAUUUGUGUAUGAAGGAUGUGAUUGUUUUGGUUUUUCCUUAAAGUCCCUGUGAGGAGUUCUUGUUUAGUUUAUGAAGCAAACUAAAAAUGAAUACUGAUGCCUCUUUAUGACGUAGAAAAGCCAACCAGAUUUCUAUGGUGUCAUUUUUAAUGCGUGUAACCACUGCCGCAGGGUAGGUGUCAGACAGGAUCACAGCAGAAAUAGCUAAUAUCUUUGAUAUGUGAUGCACUGGAGUGGAGAAUUAUAACUCAUAUCAAUAGAAAACACCACUCUAUCAUGUACAGGAAGAAUCAGCAAAGAGAUAAAAGGAAGUACUCUGUCCACAUGGGGCGCCAAAAUCAACACAAACCAAAAGUUCCUCAAAGGAGCUUUAAAAUUAAGUGCACCAGUGUGAUUUAUGCGGAAGAAAUUAACUAUACAUUCCUGUCUCAUCUAAAGAAAGUUGAUGUUCAUUCCCAGGCACCUAUGAAACACCAGUUUAACAACAAACUACAAAAAACUCAAAGCUCUUUUAAUUGCUAGACAUUUUCUGUUAUUUUAACCCACUGACUGUAUAUAAAGAUGAUCAAUAUGUCUCCACCUCCUCUGGCAAUAGUAAUCCAGUACCCCCCUCACAAUGAGGCUGAUAUUUUUGGUAUUUAAGAGUCUUCAUUGCAGUAACAGUUUCUGCCUAGUUCCCUCCCAUGUUAGUUCGAUUACGAUGUCAUUUAAAGCAGCGGUUCCCAACAUUUUUCCACUUUGCCCCCCCUACUUGUGUUUGAGCCCACCCAGGACCAUUGUGGUCAGAAUUAACAUCUUUUUUGUUUUGUUUAAAGACCCUGUAAAGUUAAAAAUAAAUCUCCAUUUACGUUUGUUGUAUGACAGGGCACUGUGUUAUGAACCCCCCUUGGUCUAAACCAAGAAUUUAGUCACAUGUAGAUCUCAGUGUUUUCACAUUUACAGCAACCAUAUUCUAACAUCUAGUGUAUUAUGGCAAAUUUUGGAUUUCACUUUACUGGGUCUUUAAAUAAAUCCCCAAAUACAAAACUUCUUAUCCAAAGACUACUGUAUGAUUUAUGACAGACAGGCAGCCCCCCCCCCCCAAAAAAAAACCCCUCCUAAGGGGUCUGGAUCCAAGGAUUUAAAGGACAUGAUGUAUAAACACUUGUUGUUGCCACAAAUCAACAAAUUGGUCCUCCAUUUUCCUCAGUCUAACUUUAUGCCUUAAGUUUAUUAUUUUCGCCAUGGCUGUGUUUGUUGUGCUUCCUCCUUUGGUCACCUUGUUUCCUGAUUGGUUAUUGCUCUUCCAUGCCACAGUCCUGCUCAUGCCUGCUGAAGUGUCCUUUUUGUCAGCACCAAUUAAAAAAUUAAAACUAAA